AUGGAGCCAGCUGUUAGUCAACCGGAGGAGGCUACAGUAGAGCAACCGUUGGUGUCAGCUGAGAAUGUGAGGCCACAGUCGGUUCAACAGGAACAGAUCACAGCUGGUAACAUAGCAACAGAAGAGAACACAGUAACAGAAGAGAACAUAGUAACAGAAGAGAACAUAGUUACAGAAGAUAACAUAGCAACAGAAGAGGACAUAGUAACAAAAGCGGACAUAGUAACAGAAGAGAACAUAGUAACAGAAGAGAACAUAGUAACAGAAAAGAACAUAGUAACAGAAGAGAACAUAGUAACAGAAGAGAACAUAGUAACAGAAGAGAAUAUAGUAACAGAAGAUAACAUAGUAACAGAAGAGAACAUAGUUACAGAAGAGAACAUAGUAACAGAAGAUAACAUAGUUACAGAAGAGAAUAUAAUAACAGAAGAUAACAUAGUAACAGAAGAGAACAUAGUAACAGAAGAGAACAUAGUAACAGAAGAGAACAUAGGAACAGAAUAUAACAUAGCAACAGAAGGGAAUAUAGUAACAGAAGAGAACAUAGUAACAGAAGAUGACAUAGUAACAGAAGAUAACAGUAACAGAAGAGUACAUAGUAACAGAAGAGGACAUAGUAACAGAAGAUAA